AAGGAAAGAAUGUAAUCAAUAUGGAUUCACGUAAUUGAAUGGUAACCAGACAAGCUGCUUCCAGACACCGGUUAAUUUUAUGUAUUUAAGUAUUUAGUUAAUUAGAUCAAUCUGGCAUUUCAUACCAAGAACGCACAACACAUCUACAGUAUCAGUAUUGCAGCACUGCCUGAUCUUAUCCGGUGGAAAGUAUUACAUGCAGCCAGUCAAUGUCUGGAAAACGAAGCGAGCUGCCAGUUCCAAUAUAUUCAAGGGAAGUCAGAUGUGCUGUCCAGUGUUUACAGUGUGUGAACCAAAGACAAAGUGUCACCUGAAACCGUGUCAGCAAUGUGGUUUUCCCUAAUUAAUGGUCAUUCUAGCCUAAGCUUAAAGUUACAAGGUGGUGUUUCUGCUGCACAGUGCCAUUCCUUAUAAAAGUCACCUGCUCUCAGCUUAAUGGGCAUUUAACCUUUGGAUUACUGAUUGUUCCUCACGAUUUGUCUGCAUUUAUGCAGGAUUAUUUUUCAGGAACCGAAGAUUUACGCAGAUAUAGUCUGUAACCCUAAAACUGAUUUAUUUGCAGUCAUGUGUGAACUGGAAUAUCUCAGAUAUUGAUAAUUGAUAAUGGCUGCUGCUGUUAAUGUGGAGAAGCUGUCCAAGCUGGAGCUUUUGAAACUUCUAGAGAAAUUCAGAAAAGAGAGAGAUGAUGCGAUACACAGGGAAAGUUUCCUGAAAGAGAAACUGCGGCAGCAGGAGUGCAGGAUGCAGGUGGCCGACGUGCUGAAACGCAAGCUGAAGAACAUGUCCCUGGACAACAGGGUGCUGCGCAAGACCGUGAAGAGCCUGCGGGUGGACCUGGGCCUGGAGUCCAGCCCCAAGUUCCAGGGGAAGACUACCAGUGACAUCAUCCAUGAACUGCACGAGAAGGAGCGCCAGUGCAGCUUCCUGCGAGAGAGGAACGGGAAGCUGAGCCUGGCGGUGGACAGCCUGACGUCCCAGCUGGCUAACAAUGUUGCCUCCAAAGCCAUCGUGGAGGAGGAGCUGCAGGCACUCCAGCAGAGCCUGAAGGACAUGACCAACAACCAGAGGCGCCUACUCAAGCUCUGGGAGGACAAGAAGGUGCAGAGGGAGCAGCUGAUGCUGCCGGCCAUCCCGCAGCGAGCUGGCCACAGAGCCCAGUCCCAUAGAGCCGUGCAGACCGACAUAUCCAUAGGAGCUGCACACAAGCUGCCUCCGGGCUGCUUCGAGGGGAGACAAUACCGAUGGGAAGCCGAGAGGAAUAAAUGCGCUUUGGAGAGAGGGAGCAGCUCCGGCGUAUAGCGCGAUGGCAGAGAGAAAGCCUCCCUGCUGCCCUGAGCAGUGACCCGUGCAGAGACGCUCCCCCGAAAUGUUUUUAGCGGUGUUUAAUAUUAUGGCUUAGAACGACUUUCUGAUUUCAAAACAGGAUUUCAAAACACGGGUUCUUCACUAAUCCGACCUAUUAAAAUAAACCAUAAAACAAAAAGCCACAUUGCGUCAGCAAGGAUCAUUUAAAAAAAAUGUUCGAAUUACUUAAAUGACACUAAUUUUUGUGCCAAAAUAAACACGAAAUCACGUAUUGUGACGUUUGCGUGUAUAUUUUUUUGGUAAAUGACUGGUAGAUUUGAAGUUGGUUAUCCAAUUUACGCAUUAUACUUCAUAUAUCUACAGGGCACGGUCUUGUAGUUUUCUGUUUUUAUCCUAAAUCUUAGGAAAGUAGCCUUUAUACAAUCAAUACCUGGUUUUAUCGAAUGUAAAUUAUGUAUAUUGAAUAUUAAAUGUAUACUUUAUUGUGAUACUUGCUAUUAAAACCAGUUCAAUUUA